AUGGCGUGGUAUUGCUCCGGAUCCACUAACACCGAGUUGAUUGAGAAUCUGUACAAGGCCAGAUUGAUCAAGAAUGAACGUGUCAAAGCAGCCAUGAUAGGCGUUGAUCGCGCCCACUACGCGCCGACGAGGCCGUACUCGGACUCGCCCCAGCCCAUCGGGCAUGGAGCCACCAUCUCCGCACCGCACAUGCAUUGCCACGCAUGCGAGUAUCUAAUUGAUUAUCUCCAGCCAGGAUCUCGAGUGCUGGAUAUCGGAUCUGGCUCGGGAUACCUCACACACGUCCUGGCCAAUCUGGUGACGGGUCGCCCUGGCACCUCCGCCCCAGGCCAGGUGAUUGGCAUCGACCAUAUUCCCGAACUGGUUGACCUGGCUCGAUCCAACAUGAACAAGUCUGAGCAGGGUCGCCAACUCCAGGAAUCCGGUCAAGUAAAAUUCAUAACAGCAGACGGACGCCUGGGCUGGAAAGAAAAUGCCCCAUACGAUGCUAUUCAUGUUGGUGCGGCAGCUGAGGAGCUCCACCCAGUGCUGGUCGAGCAGCUGCGGGCCCCUGGAAGACUGUUUAUCCCAGUGGAGUCAGAGAACAAUGGAAUACACUUGAGCAGCCUAGGUUUUGGAGGAGGCCAGUACAUCUGGGUGGUGGAUAAAAAGGCAGAUGGAACGGUCCACAAGGAGAAGGUGUUCCAGGUGAGCUACGUGCCACUGACGGAUGCGCCCCGAUCGUGA